CAAAACGAUGUCGCACCCUCCCCAUGGUCACACCGCACCAUCAUCGCUUGUAAAUAAAACCUGGUCCUGCAAUAUAUGCGUUGGUUUCCGGACAGACGCGAUUGUGAAAUAAGAAUUCAAAUUCUGCUUAGGAAAGCAAAAAUAUCCGCAAGCGUAUCUUGUGCAACGUACACACAAUCGUCGGUGGAUGCAAUGGAAAAUGAUGAAUACCCAUUGGAAUAUUUCUGUAGACUGUGCGCCUCGGAGGGGGUUGUCAUACAUCCGCUGUUUCCUCCCGGCGACGAAGAUCCGAAAGACGAGCUCGUUCGUAUGAUCGACGUUUUGACGUCGGUUAUUCUGACCCGAACGCAGGACUCCGGUGCGGUCAUCUGCGACAAGUGUCUGCAAAUGUUGGAUUUGUUUUGCCAGUUCCGAGAAGAAUGCCUCCGGCAGGAUGUGAUGAUUCGAACACGGAGAGAACUCGAGAAAGAGCGACAGGAGGAAGAAGAGCGACGUUUAGCUGCUGAGCAGCAGCUGGCGGCGGCCGCAGCCGCAGUUGCUGGAAAAGUAGCACAACAUCAAAUAAUUCCUAUAGAACCGGACGUGCUAAUUAAAGAGGAGGAAGAACCUCCAACGAUUGUGAUAGAUGACUGUAAGGACGAGCCAGAUGACGAGGACGACGACGAUGAAGAUGAAGGGGAAGAACCACAGUCAACAGAUUCUAGUCUUGUAUUAGCCAACAGCAGUAGUUUCCAGUCACCGGCAGAGAUUUCGCUCUACUCGCAGACGAGUAGUCUCUCAAUUUCGGUGCAAGUGAAUCAGAUUUCCCUCGGUGGCAGCAGUCCCGGCUUAAUUGGGCUGCCGGUACCACCAUCUGCGUCGUCGCCACCAGCCAACAUUUCAUCGGAUUCGCGCCCCGCUCGGGUGGCAUUCCGAAAGGGGAAACUGGACCCGAACAAACCCCCGCCGGACUGCGAGGUGUGCCAGGAGAGCUUCGCAACGCACUACGAUUUCGAGCAGCACAUGGACAAUGUUCACGCGUGGGACCGGGGCACGCGAUGCUCGCUGGCGUGCGAUCCGUGCCAGAUGCGAUUUACGAAGUCCUACAACCUGAAGCGGCACAUGUACGAGGUGCACGGCGAGCUGGCGCCCGGUUUGACGGUGACAGCCUGCGAGUACUGCGGGCUGAAGUUCCUCCGGGGGUACACGCUAAAUCGACACAUCACGAAAGUACACAGCAAGCAUCGGAAGGCGAAAAAGGUGAUGAUCAUUAAGAGUAAGUAGACUGGCGGGGAUGGGUGGGAGAAGCGAGUGGCCAUACUUUUUUUUUCUUACGAUGGUGCGUGAUAUAGUAGGACAGGUGGACAGUAACCGGAUGGAAUGCAAUGGAAAUGAUAAUAGUGAUGAUUUGUUUUGGCGAUUAGUUUAUCCCGUGAAGCACACAACAAUGGCAAAAGAGUAGUUUAUUUGCAUUCCAUUUGGUUACUUAUAAAAUGCAUUUGUUAUACGAAUGAAUUCAGUGAAUAAUGUCCCACCCAGGAUAAUUAGGUUCUAUUGACAGUAAGUACUCUCUUUCAAACACAUUGUGAUCCCAGUGUAGAUUUAUCAGAA